AUGUCUCCUCCGCCGAUGUCGUCUUCCUCUACCACUUCUUCGGAUAUCCCGCCGUCUGUACCGGAUAUCCCACUCUCGCCGCUUACUUCUGCAUCUGCAACGACAGCUACUAGCCAGUCGACUGAACCCGAUAUUAUCAAAGAACACUGGGCCAAGGAUACAUUCGGCUCUAGUAGCACCAGCACUCCUCUGCCAUCAGUUAGAGAAAAAUCUCUGAACGAUGAGUCUGAAAUGCGCGUAUCCUUUUACCUAAGGAGAACAGACCGCCGCGUCCGCAUCCUGUGCAAGGAGCCCCACCGGACGCGGCCUAGUGACUACCACUGCUUGCCGCUUAACUUACUCGAGGUCUUGCGAGAUGGCUCUUGUCUCCGACUAUAUCUGGUACUAUUCCAUAACACAUUUCUUGCCUUGCGCUCCCAGGAUGAAGGCCACCCCAUCGAGGAAAUUCUAGACCAUGAGCUGGCACACGAACAAGAAUGCUUUGGAGGAACAAUCACCGACGACGACUACGUGCACGCGUUGCGCGUAUAUAAAGAUACGGUGACUGGAGCUGUUAGACUACAGGCGUCAGUCUACCUAGGCGAUAUGAACCACACACCGGUCUGGACUGCGUUCGUUACCCACAACCUCGGGAAACGCAAAUGGCUGAAGUUAUACGAUUCCAAAACGGUGAUAAUGCGUGAUACCAAGCCUGUGGUAUUUAUAUCUAUGGAUGAGUAUACUCCUCUGCAGACGUCACAGGGACACCAUGUCUUGGAGUUCACAAGCUCGUCUGAUGCCAAGGAGUUCUUGGACGUUAUGGAUGAAUUGGGCGAUUGA